CUUAAUAAAAAAAAAACAGAGCACACAAAGGAAAGAAUCUACCUUUUCGCUCUCUGAUUCUCUCCUCUCCUCUCCACUGCGAGACUGAAGAGCCAAAAGGAGACGACUUUCACAUCUCUCUUGCAUCCAAUGGCAAUCGCGUCGUGCUUCUUCUGUGUUCCCACUCCGAACACAUCAUCAUCCAUCUCUGAAUCGAACCUCUCACGUCCUCACCUCUCCUUCUCUCCUAGACUCUCCUCCUCCUCCGUAAAGUCCAUCUCUUUCCACCGCCGCGUCACUGUUUCCCCUCUUUUCUCCUCCUCAAUCGACAACGGCGGCUCUGACAACAACAACAACAAUAACAACGACGGAGGAGACGGAGGGAAGAAUAACGGGGAUGGAGACGGUGGUGGUGGCGAGGACAGAGACAGGAACAGGAGCGAGGCGAUGAUGCUGUUGGCCGAGUCUGGGACGGAGCUGGAGAGCCUUCCCAAGGAUCUAGCCGCUGCUAUCGAGUCCGGUCGGAUUCCUGGUUCGGUUAUCACCCGGUUCCUCGAGCUCCAGAGAUCGGCUGUGAUGAGGUGGCUGAUGCAGUUCGCUGGGUUUAGGGAAAGGCUCUUGGCUGAUGAUCUUUUCCUGGCUAAACUCGCCAUGGAGUGUGGUGUUGGUAUCUUCACUAAGACUGCUGCUGAGUACGAAAGGCGUAGAGAAAACUUCUUCAAUGAACUUGAAGUUGUCUUUGCUGAUGUGGUGAUGGCUAUUAUUGCUGACUUCAUGUUAGUUUAUCUUCCUGCUCCUACUGUGUCUCUUAGACCACCUCUCGCACUUUCUGCUGGUGGUAUAUCCAAGUUUUUCCACAACUGCCCAGACAAUGCCUUCCAGAUUGCUAUGUCUGGAACCUCGUAUUCUCUCUUGCAAAGGUUUGGUGCUAUAGCGCGCAAUGGGGCUAAGCUGUUUGCCGUUGGCACCACAUCAUCGCUGGUGGGUACUGCUGUUACAAAUGCAUUUAUAAAAGCAAAAGGAGCCGUGGACAAGACUUCUGAAGGCGAAGUCGAGACUGUUCCAAUACUCUCCACAAGUGUUGCAUAUGGUGUUUACAUGGCAGUUUCCAGCAACCUAAGGUACCAAGUUUUGGCUGGUGUGGUAGAACAACGUCUCCUGGAACCAAUGCUACACCAACACAAACUUGCACUCAGCGCCAUGUGUUUCGCUGUUAGAACUGGCAACACUUUCUUGGGCUCCUUAUUAUGGGUGGAUUAUGCACGUCUCAUAGGGAUCCAGAAAUCUCAUUGAUGUAUCAUCAUCAUCGUCAGAAGAAGCACAUGAUGAGCUCGGUUCUACACAUGAUCUGCUUUCAACUUAUGUAUACGAAACUACAUGAUUUUCAUUUUCAAUUGUUUCUGAUUUUUGAUUGUUUGGUCAAUGUUUCUACAAAAACUAGUCAGGUGAUUCCAUGCAAAAACCAAGGCUAUUUUCACAAACCACAUGUGCAUUUUUUUGGGUUUUGAGUUGACAUUCUCACCGUCUA